ACGUUGAAAGUGCGCGGCGACGGACGUCACGCGGUGCGCGCGGAAAAAUUCGGUGUAUUAUGUAAAAUUUCCCUUAACCUCUAAGAGGUUUACCAAUAAAUAAAAAGUGCUCUUCUGGACAAUUCUAAGUUUAUAUUAUCUCAUGUUCAUAUUUCGGAUGAUGUAAAGUUUGUUUGUUGCCUGUGGUCAGUUACAAGAAGGGACCCGUUCAAGUGAUUCAGUGUUUUGUGUAUGUUCGAACGUAUGAGUGUAUACAAUUGGACUGGUAAUGUGAAUUCGAGUGUCGAGAUGGAGACGAUGAUAAAUGUUUGGACAGUGGUGGAGCAUGUGCGGGUGACCAGCAGUGCGGCAGAGCUGGCGAUAUUCACAGCCAUACUGUAUUGGUUCUUUACUUCGAGCCGUGUAGCGGACAUGCUGGAAGUGGUGGGGGAGCGCGUGGGGGGGUGGUGCGGCCGCGACACGACGUCACUCCGGCAGGCGGUGCGCGCGCGCAAGCGGCAGCACGCCGAUGUGUAUGCUAAACUCGAUGCUGAGAUAACUACAAGAACAUCAUCGCUAUAUCGAAUGAAAGAUGGACCCAUAGUGCCACCUCCUCAACCGCAGACGAGACCCUCCGCGGGUCUGGCUUGUGCGAGAUGUGCACCUUUAUCCAGGGAAUCAUGGCAAGACGCAAAAACACCAGACGAUGGCGCAGUGAUCAAUAUCCUGGACAUUGGCAGACAGACGUUCGCCAACGGUGGCGUUGUGUCCCGCUACCUUUGCGAUCUGGCGCAGUGCUUGAAUCUCAUCAAGUACGACUAUAAGGAUGUGGUGCCUAGUGUAGUCAAAGACGAGCGUUUCCAACGGGCGAUAGAAGAAAAGACUCAAGAGGAGUUUAAAAAUUCAAAGGAAAAUGGUAAAGACGCAGAAUCUCGGUACAUGUCGAUCAAGAGAAAGGUGGAGGCGAAAGCAAUGAAGGUGCUAAAUGAUAUUAGUUCGGCGAUGUCUAAUAAUGUGCUGAGGCUGGUAGCGUGGUUAUGCCACAAAGCCGUACGUCGAGUUGCCGGUGGGGGGUGUGGCACCCGAAGUGCUAGUGCGGAAAGACUACGUCGUGCAAACGCAGCGGGUCUACCACUAGUGUUUGUGCCGUUACACCGCUCGCAUUUCGACUACAUACUAGUGACGUUCACGCUGUACCUCACGGGGCUGCGGCCGCCGCUGGUUGCCGCGGGGGAUAACAUGCGCAUACCGUUCUUUGGUUGGUUCUUGCGUGGUUGUGGAGCGUUUUAUAUCAGACGACGUGUGGACGGAUCGGAGUAUCAUGAAGACCCUGUAUAUAAGUCUGCUCUAAGGGCAUAUAUUUUAAACAGCCUAGCAGCUAAUAACAAUUUGGAAUUCUUCAUUGAAGGCGGUCGGACGAGGACGGGCAAACCACAACUGCCUAAAGCGGGUAUCCUAUCAGUAAUAUUAGAGGCAUAUCUAGACGGUACAAUAGACGACGCACUUUUAGUGCCAGUCACGUUAAACUACGAUAAACUGGUAGACGGUAACUUUGUGAGGGAACAAUUGGGAAUGCCGAAGCAAAUGGAGACAUUCUGGUCGGCACUACGGGGCAUUUGGAGGACUUUGAACACUAAUCACGGGAGUAUAAGGGUGGAUUUCAAUCAGCCGAUCUCUUUGAAGGAACUAGUAACAUCAUUCCAACGGUACAUUCACCUCAAGGCACCCCUAGAAAGGCCAUUAUCCCCUCCCAGCGAUGACCAAAACGAAGACCUGGACAGACGCAUCAUGUACAACCAUAGUCACAGUAGUUUCUAUGGAGCGGAUGUUAGCGCAGACCAUAAAAUGAUGGUCGAAGCUAUUGGACGCCAUCUUGUUUAUGACGCGUCUCAAUCGACGGCGCUAAUGUGCACCAACGUGGUGGCGUACGUGCUGCUGGCGGAGCAGCGCGCGGGCUGCUCGCUGCGCCAGCUGGAGCGCGGCGUGGAGCUGCGCGCGCAGCGGCUGGCGGCCGACGGCCGGGACCUGGGGUACGCGGGCCGCGCGCCCGCCGUGCUGCGACAUGCGCUGGACAUGCUCGGGCGUGGCGUAGUGCGUCGCUGGAACGGUCGUGUGAGAGUACAGCCCGGCGUGGCGGCCGCGCUCGAACUGAGCUACUACGCGAAUUCUGUGGUCGCGCACUACGCGGCGCCCGCUAUUGUUGCGACGGCACUAGAGAGCAUCCUGUGCGAGCCGGGCGCGGACCAAGAGCUAGUGCGGCACAGCGAGCUGAUGGAGCGAGCACUGCAGCUGUGCGGCGUGCUCGGGCACGAGUUCAUCCUGUGCGCGCCCUGCCAGCGGCACAGCGAGCGGCUGCUGGACGACAUCGCGCGCACCGACCUGCUGCAGCCCGUGCAGAAUCAAAACGUAUUAGAGGAGCAAAGGUGGUCACAGCGUUUCGCGAAGAGUUUAGAAGACGACGAAGAAGAACAACCAGACCCCACUAGGAAUAUGAAGUAUAGGAUUAAUAAGAAACCGGAGGCCAUUGCUGAGAGACGUAGAUUACUGCUAACACUCAGGCCGUUGAUGGAAGCGUAUUCAGCGACCUGCAAAUGUCUAAAAACCGCAUCGCAAAAGGAAAUAGUAACUAACACAUUGGACCGGCUCACCGAAGAAUUCACACAGAAUAGAAUGUUAUACGGCGAAGCGGUAUCAACAGACGCGAUACGCAACUGCCUCCGGUUGCUCCGCCAAUGGGGAGUGAUAGACAUGCACACCGACAACAAAAUUAGGAAAAUAACACUAGUGCCGCCCUACGACGACGAGCAACGUUUACAAGAAGUGUGCAAUAACAUACAUAUGUUCAAUAUGGACUCGCCUCUAUUGGAGAAAAAGUGAAAUAUAGUACUGUAGUGUGAAGUGAUUGUUACUAUUAAAAACCUUAUUUUAACGGCACUUUAGUUUAAGUGUAGAAGUAUAGUGACUGUAUUUUUUUUUAGUAAUUUUGGUAAAAGUACAAGAAACAACUUAACUUACAAUAAUGCUCAAAAUUGUCUGAAGGAAAACUAUGCUUACGUGUGCGUUAGGCAUGGUUUUAUAAAGAGUGUAUACAAUAGACUUUGAACAUUACUGCGUCGAAAUAAGGUGCUAAUUUCAAUGAAUGUUUUAUACAACUCUCAUUUUUUGACCACCUUUUAAUAGAUUGUGAGUCUAAUUGUUUCUAGUAUAAUAAAAGAAUGUCAUACAAAAUUAAAGUUCAAGUGAAUUAUAAGUUACACUUAAAAUUGAGUGUCGUUUAAAAAAUCGGUUUAUAGAGACCAAAAAUAAUGUUAGCUAGUGUUUAAAUCUUUCAUACUAUUUGGAAGAGGUUCUGUUAUUAAAAUAAAACUUUUUUUUACACAAAAAUACGUACAAUUUGUCCUUUUUCCCAUACAUUGACGAUACAAAAAUAAUUUGUCAAAUAUGUUUGUGGUGAAAAAAAAAGAGAAUGUUUUUUUGAGCGGCUGGUUCGUGAGAAAGAAGUUGAUGAUAGUUGUAUGUGUGUUUAUUGAUAUUUACCUUGGAGUAGCUACUUUUUUUAUCUUUAAAGGCUGCACUAGAAUUGUAAGCUUGACAAGUAUGAAUGAACAGUAGUUUAGGUAGUAUCCCUGAAUAUUCUGUUGUUUUUUUAUUAUUUUUAGUCUGGAAAACAGAUAACUCAUAAUUAUAAGAGUAUAUAAGUUUUAGAUAAUAUUAUGUACAAUAAAACUUAAACCGAUUUUAAUACCAAAUAAUCGGUCAUGCAUGCUUGUCAAACUUAUAACGUGUGUAGCUAUUUCACUGUAUUUUUUGUUACUAUAGUUACGGUUAUAUGGUUAUCUGAGUAAAAUAAAUAAACUAUAUCAUUUUGAUGCUAUCUGGCUGUGAAGGAAUGUGCGAAAGGGACAGAGCUAUGCUGAAGUAGAUAAAUCUGAAAUAGAGGUCUGCGUAUAGUCGAUAUUUUAAAUAUUUUAAACUAUGUUUAUUGGUACUAGGUUUAAGUUCUAUACCGUUCAAAAAUUAACUAUUAGAUAUAUUAAACUUGUGGUUGCUAUAACAAAUUAAACUGUCUACAAAAAAUUUAGACAGGGUUUAACUUUAAGCGCGGUUCCUCCUUAAUCUGGUUUUGUCGUAUUUCACAUAGACAACUAUUAAACUGACAGAUCCCUGGUUUAAACUGUGUUUAAAUUGUUUUGUGGUAAGUCCAAAAAUGUUCUAAUGAAAAAGUACAAUUGUGUACAAAUUUGAACAUAGAUGGCGCUGUUAUAAAAAUUAUUAUUAGCUGUAUAAACUAGAAAUUUAAUUUUUGUAGUGUUACAGUUUAAUGUGCUAU